AGCGCAACGCAAUGAUAAAACUGAAAUCCGUGAUUUUUCUUAUUUUUCUUGUUUUUGUUUUUGAAACCGACUGUACAGAGUUAUGUUUGAAAAAUGACAUUCAUGCAUUAAUUUUAGCCAGAGGAGGAAGCAAAGGCAUUCAUCUGAAAAACCUAGCUGAAGUUGGAGGAUUGUCACUUUUGGCCCGCACAAUUAUAACGAUUAAAAAUUCAUCAUGCUUUAAACACAUUUGGGUUUCCACAGACGACAAAAGAAUUGCCAUCGAAGCGCAAAAGUAUGGUGCUAUUGUUCAUCGUCGACCUGAGAAAUUCGCUAGAGACGAUACUCCUUCCAUUCAUGCGAUUACGGAAUUUUUAGAAGUGCAUAAGAAUAUUGAAGACUUUGCCCUGUUUCAGUGCACAUCCGUGUUUCUAAAAACGAAAUACAUUCAAGAAGCUGUUAAAAAAUUUGAGACUCAUGACUGCGUAUUUGCAGCUAAGAGAUCACAUUAUCUCCGAUGGAAAGAGGUGGAUGAUGAACUUAUUCCAGCGGAAUUUGAUUUAAAUGCCAGACCAAGACGUCAGGAUUGGAAGGGAGAUAUAGUGGAAACGGGAAUGUUUUAUUUCUCAAGAAGGCAGCUGGUGAAGAGCGGAUUGUUACAAAACAAUAGGUGCUCAAUUGUAGAGAUCGAUGUCAAAGACGGUUUGGAAAUAGACUCAAAUCAUGAUCUUACAUUGGCGAAAUAUAUUUUAAGCAGUGAAACGAAAACGGAUUUAUAAAUAUAC